AUGAAGCUGCCCCCGCUGGUGGCGCAGCUGUCUGGCAGGUUCCAGUGGGUCUUCCACCUGGGGCAGCAGGUGGUGCUGGACUCUGAUGCCUACCUGCUGCACGUGCAGGAGCGGCUGCUGAAGCAGUCCCCUGGCGGCUGGAAGCGCAGCUUCUUCAUGCCGGCGUCUGCAGACACAGGCGUAAUCAAGUUCAGGUCCUGGUUCGAUGAGGUGGGCGGCGGCGCAGUCCAGUGGCCCGCGGGCAUGUCCACCAGCUUGGGCCCCACCCUGCCGCGGGAAGUCGUCAUGGACAGGUAUUCCCAGCACGUCAAGUCCUGCAAGUCCUGCCGCAGCGCAGUCACCUGGAUAGAGCGCCUCCAGGCCGCCUGCACCGCCCUCGCCGCCGUCGCCGCGCCCAUCGGCGUGUGGACGUUGCUGCUGCAGGCCGCCGCCAGGACUGCCCUGGGGCAGCAGGCGGCUGUCGUGCCUGCUGCGGCGGGCGCCCUGGGGGCCGCGCUCGGGUGGCCCAUGAUCCUUGUGGCUGCGGCGGCGCUGUUCGCGCGCCACAAGCUGCAGGGGCUCUGGCGCAAGUUCCACUUCACUGACUACGUACACGCUGACGUGGAGUGA